UGACACUGCUUCUACUCGAGAACGAGGCGUUGAACCAUAACCGGACUAUUUCCUGACUGCAAACGGUUCCUAAUAACCUUUCUGAAAAUGUCUGAGAAUGUCGCACGACUCAACAAGUUCAAGAACAAAGGCAAAGAUGUCAAUGAGCUCCGACGCAGGAGAGUGGAGGUGAACGUGGAGCUUCGAAAGGCCAAGAAAGAUGACCAGAUGUUCAAGAGGAGAAAUGUGUCCGAAGACCCGGAUGAGGCGACCUCUCCCCUCCAGGAGAGGAACCAGAACAGCCAGGCGUUUCAACCAUGGAGUGUUGAUAAAAUCGUGGCUGGAGUGAACAGUGAGAAUCGUGAGGCCCAGCUCCAGGCGACCCAGGCUGCACGGAAGCUUCUGUCCCGUGACAAACACCCGCCCAUUGACCAGAUGAUUGGCGCUGGCCUCAUACCGAAGUUCGUGGCCUUCCUGGGGCUGAGCGACUGCCAUCCGAUUCAGUUUGAGGCGUCCUGGGCUCUGACAAACAUCGCCUCUGGGACGUCUGAUCAGACGGCUGCGGUGGUGGAUGGAGGGGCCAUUCCUGCCUUCAUCAGUCUGGUCACCUCUCCUCACCAGCACAUCAGCGAGCAGGCUGUCUGGGCACUUGGAAAUAUUGCUGGUGAUGGAUCUGCUCUUAGAGACAGGGUGAUUAAGCAUGGGGCCAUAACGCCUCUGCUCAGUUUGCUGGCUGUCCCUGACCUGGCUGUAUUCACUCCUGGCUAUCUAAGGAACGUGACAUGGACUCUGUCCAACCUCUGCCGCAAUAAGAACCCCUCUCCGCCCAUAGAAGCCAUCAAGCAGAUCCUACCGGCUCUCAUCCGUCUCCUCCACAAUGACGACCUGGAGGUGUUGGCCGACGCAUGCUGGGCUGUUUCCUACCUGACGGACGGUUCUAACGAUCGUAUCCAGGUGGUGGUGGAGACUGGUUUGAUUCCCCGUCUGGUGAAACUGCUCGGUUAUGAAGAGCUGUCUGUAGUUACCCCAGCGCUCCGUGCUCUCGGGAACAUCGUCACCGGCACAGAUGAGCAGACUCAAGCCGUUCUGGACGCCGGCGCCCUGACCGUGUUCCCGCAGCUGCUGCGCCACAAAAAGGGUAACAUUCAGAAGGAGGCGGCGUGGACUCUGUCCAACAUCACAGCUGGGAAAGACACCCAGAUCCAGGAGGUCAUCAACGCAGGCCUUGUUCCGUACAUGGUGGACCUCCUUGUUAGAGGCGACUACAAGACUCAGAAGGAGGCUGUGUGGGCAGUAACAAACUUCACCAGCGGGGGCACUGUUCAGCAGGUGGUUUACCUCGUUCAAGCCAACGUCCUGGAGCCUCUCCUGAACCUGCUUUCCUCCAAGGACAGCAAAACGGUCCUCGUCAUCCUGGACGCCAUUACCAACAUCUUCAUGGCUGGGGAUAAAAUCGGAGAGUCGGACAAACUGAGUCUGAUGAUCGAGGAAUGCGGCGGACUGGAUAAGAUCGAGGCGCUGCAGGCUCAUGAGAACGAGAUGAUCUACAAAGCUGCGCUCAACCUGAUAGAGAAAUACUUCUCUGAAGAGGAUGAGGAGGUGCAGAGUGUGGUCCCUGAAGCUACUGAAGACGGUUAUGCGUUCCAGAUCAGUGAAAACCAGAGCAAUUUUAACUUCUAGCCUUCUUCCUCUCAUCCUCUACUGUAACACUGCUACGGUCUGUCCUGUGUCCAUGUGGUAUUUUGCCAAUAUUUGUAUGUACUGUACAUACUUUUUAUGUGGGAACAAAUGUGUAAAUAAAGUUGGACUAUA